AUGGCAGUCCUCGAUGUUCAGAGAGCGAUGAGUCUGGAACCAGCAGGGGGCGCAGAUGCAGCACACAGGCACACGAACACAGGCACACGAACACAGGCACACGAACACAAACACAAACACGGAAUAGUCGCAGCACAAGAAGCAGUUGGACGAAACGGCGGAACGAUUGCGGAAAAUGGGAGAGAAGCAACGAAAAACGUCUGCGUUGAGGCUUCUACCUGCCGCCUGCUGAUCCUUGGCUUCUCACCCCCUGCGGAUGUGGGGAAAAGCGAGAGGUCUGAAAGAGGGGCGGCUGUAGAAAGGGGAAACUCGACCUCUGGCUUGCUUGCUCUGACGACGUUGAACGAGUGUGAGCUGAGACUCAAAUCGAGCGACGCCCAAACACAGCACAGAGAAGGGUGGCAACCUGCCAAAAAGGGGAACUGCUCGACGCCUGUCUUUGCGUCCUUCUUUGCUGCAACGAUGUCCAGCCGAGAAAUCAAAAGUCGGCAGAUCGUCGUCGUCGUCGUACAAUAG